UUGAUUCAGAUAAGCUAACUAAUAUUUACCAAAUCUUCAAUGCUGAACCCAAGUUUAUCUACUAAUGCAAUAACACAAAGUGGCUCAAACCUGAACAACUUAAAGCACCUCAAAACCUUUACAUCUUCACUCAAAUAAUUUAUAAUUAUCACAUCUCUGUGUAUCUGUACUACAUUCUAAAUUUUUUGCUAGUCGUUUGUUUCUUACUGUUAAGAUGGUGGAAACAGAGAAACCGAAACCUGACACAAAUUUGUCUUUGGAUGAUAUUUUUAUAGAAAACAAAUUUGCCACAAAAUGGCAGAUUUUGAUGCUUUUUUUGUCAUGUGUCUCGCUUUUCCAUUCGGGCAUGUUCGUAAUUUCUCCGAGCUUCUUCAGGACGAAACAACCAUUUGUGUGUGCAGAUGAAAAAUAUUCUUCAAACUGCGAUCAAAGCAAUAGUACAAGCUGCGAACAAACUGACGUCUGCUCUUUGUCUUGCUCCGAAUACUCAUUUAACUACAAUGGAACCGGUCUUUCAUCUUCGAUUCAAGAAUCUUACAGUCUAGUAUGCGGCCGCGAAAUUCUUCUCGAAGUGCACGGAAGCUUUUAUUUCUUGGGACUUCUUUUGGGUUCCCUAAUCGCGGGAUUCAUGAGCGACCGAAUAGGACGUAUGAAAUGGAUUCGUGUUUCGUUUUUUCUAUGUACCAUAUUUGGAAUUAUCAUGGCGUUGUCGGAGUCUUAUGUCAUGCAUUUAGUUGCGUGGACGAUCAUUAAUACGACUAAUAUAAGUACGUGGGUUUGCUUGUUUGUCUACACUGCCGAAACUGUCAAAACUGAUUUCCGACACGUAGCGGGACAAUUCGUCGGGAUGUUCUUUGGAAUCGGAAUUAUGGUCGGCGUUGGGUUUUCGGUUUUCAUUCCAAACUGGCGCCAUUUAAUUCUGGCUUAUUCUGGCGUUGCAUUUGUUGACUUUAUAAUUUCACUUUUUAUUUCGGAAAGCCCGAGGUGGCUGUGGGCUCGUAAGAGAUACGAAGAAACUUCCGAUAUUAUUCACACCGCGGCGAGGCUGAGCGGAGUGACUCUUCCGAAAGAAACUGAACAAGCGCUGAUUGAUUUAUCCGAAAUUGGGGUGAGAAAAGAAUCCUUUUUGAAAACAGUCGUCACGGAUUUAAGACGCAUGUUCAACUUCGCCGAAAAAAUAGAUAAAACUACUGCGGAAAAUUCGGACACUGAUUCUAAAAAACAGUAUUCAGUUAUCGACAUCUUCAAACAUCGUGUACUUUCUAUUCGAAUGAUAUUAUUAGCACUUCACUGGGUGUGCGUAAAUUGUUUAUUUUACGCGAUUUUAUUCGGCGCUUCAAUGUUUAAACAGAAUGUUCAUGUUUAUGCAUUGUUUCAAGGAUUCGGAAGUUUUUCAGGCUGUGUUCUUGGUAUUUUACUUCUGAACUUUUUUGGCCGCAAAACGAUGGUUAUAUUUUGUUUGAACUUUGCUGGUUUGGUCUUUUUUACUUGUAUUUUUAUACCGACAAGUUGGCAAUUCACAACACUUUUUCUGGCUUUUGUUGGAAAAGUUGUCUUGCAGUUAUUUUUCCAGCUUUGUUAUCAAUGGACUGCUGACUUGAUGCCGACUGUCGUUCGCACUUCGGCUCUCGGGUUCGGUUCGUUAAUGGCUCGGAUAACUGGUCUCGCCAUACCAUACAUCGGCCUUCUAAGCGAAAUUUGGACCCCGUUGCCUCUCAUAUUUUACAGUUCAUUUGCAUUUCUGGUUGUUGUAGCAACUCUAUUCCUUCCCGAGACCAGAGGAAAACGACUGCCGAAUACGAUUGAGGAGGGCAAUGUGUUCUGUACAAAGUUUGAGAAACAUCCGACUAAUAAACUAAACGAUACACUCACACUCUAAGUUCUAUUGAACAAGUCAUAACUUUACCACUAAUAUAUUUGGUUCUUUAUACAUAAGACAAUCAAUUAAAU